CAUGACGGGAGGGGCCCGGGCCGAGGGCUUUGGGGGAAAAUCAGCGAAUAAUGAAAUAUCGUGUCUGAAUAAAAUCCCAUCGCCCCGUGUGGAGUCUGUCAUUCUUCUGCGCAAACUCGCCUUUAAAUUGUAGCGAAAGCUGACAUAGUGUCACCUCCCCUUUUGUAAAUAGCCAUGUGCGUUGGUAAAUAUGUUGCCGUUGGCAGAUUUGAACCCCGACUUGCAGAAGGCCCUGGACAGCGACUCUGACAGUGGCCAGGGCAGCUGUGAGACGGGCCAGGGCUCAGCCUCCUGCGAGGACAGAGAUUCAGAAGAAGAGAUUUUUGUACGUAAGAAAGGAAAAAGCAAGAAGGUGCUCCAGGACAGUGAGAGUGAAGAUGGAGAGGAGAGAGGUUCGUCCCUGCAGGAGGAGACUCUGGGUGCAGACAAGGGAAACGGGGAGGAAAAGGAGAACGUUGCUGCCCAGAGGAACAAGAAAUCCAGUCGGAUUCGCCAGGCUCUGCUGGACAGUGAGGACAGUGACACUGGUGACCAGCUACAGACUGAAAACCUGGAAACAGGCAGGGUGCCUGGCUUGGCUCAGGGUGAGCUGGGAGAGGAGAGACCCCUAAAAUCUGGGAGAAAUUGCAGGAAACACAAACACGAUGUUGAAGAGGAGACAGAAAGAAAAGCUGUAGGGAAAUCAAGAAGAAGGAAGGAGAAGGAAAAAAGAAUGGAGGUCCUUAAACAGCUGAAAAAAGAAAAGAAGCCUGGGGCAGAGCAGGUGGAUGGUGGUGAGAGGUUUCCCUUCAAUGACAGUGGAUGUCUUCUGGAUGACAAAGAGCUCUUUGAUAAUGGCUUAGAAGAUGAGGAUGAUCACCCCCCCGAGGAUGAGGAGUCCCUGGAAUCCAUACGAGCAGCAAUGAAAAACAAAGUGAAAAAACACAAGAAUAAGGAACGUUUUUUGGAGGGUGAGGGCUACAAACAUGUAUUUGAUGAGGAGGAUGAGGAGCCUGUGCUAAAGGAACCAAAGAGGAAGGAGCGGAAAGCAGCAAGGUUAAGUAAAGAGGCCAUUAAACAGCUGCACAGUGAGACCCAACGACUUAUUAGAGAAUCAUCCGUGUCUCUCCCAUACCACGUGCCUGAGACGAAAACCAUUCACGAUUUCUACAAGCGCAGACCUCGACCAGCCUGCCAAGGAAAUGCCAUGGCCUUGCUCAAGUCCUCAAAAUACCAGCUGCCCCUAAAUGAGGAAUCUGCAGCCACUGGGAACUUGAGCAGGGAUUGCAAAGAGGGGCCAGUGGAAGGUGAUCAAUCAGCAGCUGCUGAACCAGAAAGGAGCCUUGGCAGAGAUGUUGAUGCUGCUGUGAAUGAGCCUCUUGCUGCUGUGGGGAAGAACUUGCCAGAAGACUGUGCUGAGCAGCCCAGGCAGGAUAAUGAGGGUUCCUGUGCAGCUGGGACUGUAACAACUGGUGAUAACACAGAGGAGCAGCAGCUCUCCAACCUCCUGAGCACUGAUGGUGGUGAGCAAAAGGAGAGUGAAGUUCCUUCAGCAGCUGGAGAUGCCCUUGAGCAAAGAGGCCAAACAGCACCAGACGUAGCAGGUGAAGCCAACAGUCACCAGGCAGGGCCUGGAUCGGUGGCACAGCCUGAAAAAGUGAGGAAAUCCAAGCUGGAUAAACUUCGUGAGCUGGGAAUAGACCUGUCCAUCAAGCCAAGAAUCUGCUCUGACAACGAAUCCUUCAUAAACCUCGAUGAAGCUGAUUCAAAGAAAGAACUAGAAGCCCUGAAAGCACGUUUCUUGAAGCACACUCUCAGAACAUCAAAAUCCAAACCAGAACGGGCCGUGAACAUGAACAUCAUCCGUAAGGAGACAACGUCUGAUGGGAAGGAGGAACUGAGAGCAGAUGUGGUGCCAGCAGUGUUGGCUGCAGAGAGCCUGGAGGAAAUGGCCCACACAAAACCAGGGGAGAAGCUCCAGGCCCUGAAGGCCAAGCUGCAGGAGGCCAUGAAGCUCCGCAGGACCGAGGAGCGCCAGAAGCGGCAGGCGCUGUUCAAACUGGAUAACGAGGAGAUGCUGGAGGAGGAAGAGGAGGAGGAGGAGGAAGAGAUGACAGAUGAGUCUGAGGAGGAGGAAGAAGGUGACCACGAGGAGUCAGAGUUUCUGCUUGAUGAAGCAGAGGAAGACAAUGAAGAUACAGAAGAGAAACACGUUGAAGAUGGUGAUAAAGAAACGGACAAAGAAUCAGUUGAUGGAGAAAAGCUGGAGAAAUCUGAGCACUGUGAUUCUGUUCUAAAACAUCCUUCAACAGAGUCUACAUUGAUGCUUUUUAAGGACAGCUCCUCAAAAAUGGGGUAUUCUCUUCCUGAUGAGAAACUGGAAAUGGAAGAAGCUGCAGACAAAGGCUCUACCAAGUUAGAGGAUGAUGAUUCAUUUUCUCUGCCAACACUGGCAAAGGACAACAGCCACAACAGCAGCUUUGAGUUCAUUGGCUCCAUGAUCCCGUCCUACCAGCCCUGUAACAAACAGGCCUCCCGGGGAGGGACCUUCUUCCCUGCAGCAGGAGGGUUCAGGUCACCCUCCCCAGGCUUCUUCAAAACCAGCUUCAUCAGCUCUGCUUCCAAGAGCUCAGGAAAGACAUCUGAGCCCUCCCUCCCCAUAGAAGAUUCCCAGGACCUGUACAAUGCCUCUCCUGAGCCCAAGAGUUUGUUCCCAGGGGCUGGGGAGUCCCGGUUUCAGUUUUCCCUGGAAGAUGACACUCAGAGCCAGCUGCUUGAUGCAGAUGGGUUCUUGAAUGUUGGACAACACAGGAAUAAAUACCAGUCCUCCAAGCAUCAGCUGCCUCUGGCAAGCAUGGAUGAGAAUGCCAUGGAUGCCAACAUGGAUGAGUUGCUGGACCUGUGCUCUGGACAGUUCAGCAGCCAGGCUGAGCAUGUGCCAAACCCCAGCAGCAGCAAAAAGCAGAACAUGGAAGAACUGCUCAAUCUUUGUUCAGGAAAAUUCGUGUCUCAGACAGGUUCUCCCACAUGGGCUUCUUCGGUGUCUUCCAAGGCAGAAAAAGACAGUGACAUAGAAGAUCCAAUGGCAGAGGCUCUGGAGCUCUGUUCAGGCUCCUUUCCCACAGACAGGGAAGAGGAAGAGGAGGAGGAACAAGAAGAACUUGAUGGUUUUCAGCUCUUAACAGAUGAAGAUGCCUUUGCAAGUGAAGAGGACGAAAAAGAUGGAGACAGUGCUACUGAAGAAGCAGAAACGAGCGACGAAGAGGAAGCAGUGCUGAGACAUAGGCAGGGCUUGAAGAAGAAACUAAAACUGCGGGAUUUCAUGGAGGAUGAGGCAGAGCUGUCGGGGAGUGACGUGGGAAGUGAGGAUGAGUACGACGGCGAAGACCUGAACGAGUAUGAGGAGGAGCUGAUCGACGAGGAGCUGCCCAGUGAAGUGGAAUUAGGAAACCAAAUACAUAAACUACACAUGAAGGCCAUGCUGGACGACGACAAGCGCCAGCUCCGCCUGUACCAGGAGAGGUACCUGCCCGACGGGGACCUGCACAGCGACGGCCCGGGCAGGACCAGGAGGUUCCGCUGGAAAAACAUAGAUUUUGCCUCACAGAUGGACUUGUUCCAGGGAGACUCGGAUAAUGAGGAGGACAAUGAGCAGUUUGAUGAGACAGAAGUGAAGUGGAGAAAGGAGCGAUUCGAGCGAGAGCAGUGGCUCCGUGAGCAGAAGGAAAAAAACAAAGAGCAGGAGGAGGAAGAGGAAGAAAUUGGUGAAGACAGCGAAUUCAUGAAACUAGCAAAAAAAGUGACUGCCAAGUCCCUGCAGAAGAAAGCCAGCCCAGCAGUGGUGGCAUGGGACACUGCCCUGUUACCCAGGAACCCCUUUGAAGCAUUCAGACCCUCCAGUGACAGCCAGAUAAAAAAUGGGUCUCUGUUGAAGAGACCUAAAGCUGUCCUUCAGAAACUGGCAGCAAUGUCAGAUCUGAAUCCAAAUGCCCCUCGAAAUUCAAGGAAUUUUGUCUUUCAUACACUUUCCCCAGAGAAGAGUGAAGAGGCAAAAGAGAAAUCAAAACCUCAGGUGAAGAAGAGAGGCCCUUCUGCAGCGGUAACAUCGCUGGCCAAGCGGCCCAGGGUGGAGAGCACAGAGGAAACCAGUCAGAGCCGAAGCAUCUUCCAGUUCUUGGAGAGCUGAAUAUUCCUGUUCAGGGCCAGAAGCCAUGUCUCCUCUUUGCCAGCUUCAGUUUGCUCAGCCAAUCUGCCAACAGUCACCAGGCAGGGAAACAAACUGCUGUCACCUCCUUCACAGGUUCCAGAGAUUUCCAGGCAGUGGUUCUGUGCAUUCCCCUUUGUUUCUUGUCAGUUCUCCGUGGCAGAUGGGAGCACAGAAUCCAUUCCUGGUUUGGAAUGAAAUGCUAACCUGGUCUUUCCCAAGCAUUAAGGAACCUGACCCUGCUGUUAGGGCUGCCCUCACAGGUGUCGCAGUGGUAUCAGUUCCACCUGGAAAUGCCAUUUGUGUGACAGGGAUGACACAGAAAUGCCUCAUUUAGCUGAAAGCACAAGAAAGGAGGGAUUUCUGCAGCCCUGGGAGAGAAGGCAGCUGUGCUGGCUGUGGCAGGACACUGUCCUUUACACCUGCAGCACAAAGUUUUAGCUGUGCCUUCCUCCAGUGUCUUUUCUCUAACGUUGAGCAUUUAUUAAGCUUCACCUUUUAAGAAGCUCUAAUUUAUCUCUGAAAUGUUUACUUUGUAAAAAAAAAUGUCCCAGUAUGAGAAGGGUUUCUUUCCAAGUUUUUAUUACUGUUGAUAUCCUUAAACAUGCAGAUGAAUGUGUGUGUGGAGAGGGAAGGAUGUGAGUAACGUGGGAGAGGAGGUAUGUGGGAUUUUUAUUUGCUUUGGUGGGGAGAGUUGGCUGGUUUGGUUUGGUUUGCCCAACUUCAGACUGUCUUAAAUUAUCCAUUCCGUUGUUUUCAUGGAAGCUGCACUCAUCCAGGAGAAACCAUCCAUUCCUGAGCAGCCAGUAAGGAAAGGGCUGGUCUAGGAUGAGGGAAUUAAGAAGGAACCAUCAUUCACAACUAUUCUAAAUAGUGUGAGAGAAACCUGAGCCAGCGUAUCCAGCAUUCCUGAUGGUUCUGGUCACAUGUUGAAGGUGUUGGAGAGCAGAUAAUGGUGCCACAGGACCCUGCUCUGUGAGACUGAACAUCUCUGGGACUGGAUGUCACAUUCUUGAGGUGCCAACAUGUCUGGGCUGUAAAUUUUGUACCAUCGUGAGCACACACCUGGUGUGCUGUGUGUAAAAUGUUUUAUUGUAUAUUAUGUUUAUAAAGAAUUAUGGUACUAAUUGAAGUGCAAGUUUACAAUAAAAUGUGGUUUUAAUUUUG